AUGCAAGUGGCAGAGAUCCUAUCCGAUUUGACCUCCUUAAGAGUUUGUGGCUACAAUGAAGCUCUUGCCUUGGUAAAUGCCCAGGCCUCCAUCCAAAACUCGGAGGCCUCUGCUCCCGACAGCUCUACAGACUCUACGUCCGAACAAGGGGCAGGCCAAGUGGCGAGGGGAAACGCAGAUCUACAGCGGGCAAAAGAGCUAGUCGCACUCCACUACGAAAUGAAGUCUAAGAACGCCAACGGAGAAGUUGACGCUGAGUUACGGCGUGCCCGGGAACAAGUGAAGCUCGUUUUAGCUGAAUUAUCAUAA